AUGACCUCCACCGCUACUACCCUCAAGGGCCAGCCCCUUGACAAGGCCGUCCUCGAGUCCAUUCUCCGACGUCGCAUGUUCUAUACCCCCUCCUUCGAGAUCUACGGCGGCGUUGGUGGUCUAUACGACUAUGGCCCUCCUGGCUGCUCCCUUCAGGCCAACGUCAUCGACGCCUGGCGCAAGCACUUCAUCCUCGAGGAGGAUAUGCUCGAGGUUGACUGCACUGUCUUGACCCCUCACGAGGUCCUCAAGACCAGUGGUCACGUCGACAAGUUCGCCGAUUGGAUGUGCAAGGACCCCAAGAACGGCGAGAUUCUCCGAGCCGACCACUUUGUCGAGGCUAUUCUCGAGGCUCGACUGAACGGCGACAAGGAGGCCCGUGGCCAGAAGGUGGAGGACAAGGAGGAGGACCCCAAGAAGAAGAAGAAGAAGGCCAAGACGGAGGCUGUCAAGCUCGACGAUGCCGUCGUCCAGGAGUAUCAGGAGGUCCUGGCCAGAAUCGACAACUAUGGUGGCCCUGAGCUUGGCGAGCUUAUCAAGAAGUACGACCUCAAGAAUCCCGCUACCGGCCUCCAGCCCUCGGAGCCCGUCUCCUUCAACCUCAUGUUCCAGACCACGAUUGGUCCCAGCAGCAACUACCCCGGCUAUCUUCGACCCGAGACAGCCCAGGGCCAGUUCCUCAACUUUGCCAAGCUCCUCGAGUUCAACCAGUCCCAGAUGCCUUUCGCCUCCGCCUCUAUCGGCAAGUCUUACCGAAACGAGAUCUCUCCUCGAGCCGGUCUACUGCGAGUCCGUGAGUUCCUCAUGGCUGAGAUCGAGCACUUUGUCGAUCCCCAGGGUGGUAAGAAGCAUAGCCGCUUCCACGAGGUUGAGGACAUUGAGCUUGUCCUCCUCGACCGCGACACUCAGCUGUCUGGCAAGACUGAGACCAAGACCGUCAAGGUUGGCCAGGCUGUCAAGGAUGGUCUGGUUGACAACGAGACUCUGGGCUACUUCCUCGCCCGCAUUCACCUUUUCAUGCAGAAGAUUGGUGUCGAUCUGAGCAAGAUGCGUUUCCGUCAGCACAUGGCCAACGAGAUGGCCCACUACGCCUGUGAUUGUUGGGACUGUGAGCUGUUCACCACCUCUGGCUGGAUCGAGUGUGUUGGCUGCGCCGACCGAAGUGCUUAUGACUUGAGCGUCCACGCCAAGAAGACUGGUGCCCCCUUGGUGGUGCGCGAGCGACGCGAGGAGCCCCUCGUCAUUGAGGAGUGGCAGAUCGAGAUUGAGAAGAAGAAGUUUGGCCCUCUCUUCAAGAAGGAUGCCAAGACUGUCGAGGCAGCUCUUAACGCCACCUCCCAGGAGCAGCGCGAGCAACUUGCCAAGGAACUGAGCGAGACUGGCAGCAUCUCUAUCGAGGUUGCCGGUGUCGGCGACGGCAAGGCUAAGAUUGGCAAGGAGUCGAUCGCUAUCGAGUUCCGCAAGAGGGUCGAGAACACCCGCGAGUUCGUCCCCAACGUCAUUGAGCCCUCAUUUGGUAUUGGCCGUAUCCUCUACUCCCUGAUGGAGCACAGCUUCUGGACCCGCGCCAGCGAUGGCGGUGACGAAGCCCGUGGUGUCCUGUCCUUCCCUCCCACCGUGGCCCCUACCAAGGUGCUGCUGGUUCCUCUCUCCUCCAACCCCCAGUUCAAGCCGCUCCUCAAGCAGCUUUCUCAGCGUCUGCGCACCGCUGGUAUCUCGAGCCGUGUCGACGACUCUUCUGCCAGUAUUGGCAAGCGCUACAGCCGAAACGACGAGCUCGGUACUCCUCUGGGCAUCACCAUCGACUUCCAAACCGUGCAGGACGGCACCGUCACUCUCCGAGAUCGUGACAGCACCAGCCAGGUCAGAGCUGACCAGGAGAAGAUUAUCGACGCCAUCAGGUCGCUCGUUGAGGGCGAAAAGAGCUGGUCUCAGAUUGAGUCGGAGCUCCCCAAGUUUGAGGGUCAGGAGGUGGAGGUUGCUGCUCGAUAAAGUAGAGCUGGCAUAGAGCUGGCAUAGAGAGAAAUGUAAAAUAUAGAUAUCAUACCGGCGUGGCUGUCUUGGCCAAAAGACGGUGGCCAAGCCAGGAGUUGGGAUCUGUCAGGUGUAAUGUACCUAGACACUACAUAAAAAGGCCUGUCUGGUAGUCAAAA